AUGAAAUUUGGUAAUAAUUUACAACAUUUAUCAAUACCUGAAUGGAAAUGUUAUAAUUUAGAUUAUAAUGAAUUAAAAUAUCAAAUUAGACUAUUAACUCAACAACAACAACAACAACAAUUACAUCAAAAUAGUAGUGAAGAUGAUCAUCAACCAUCAAAUUCGGAUUUAGAAGAUUUACAUAAACUAUUUACUGAUAAUUUUGAUUAUAUAAAUUUAUUUAUUCAAACUAAAUAUGGUGAAUUAAAUAGAAAAUUACAUUAUUUUCAACAAUAUUUUAAUUCAAUUAUAAAUUCUGAAAUUUCAUGUACAUCUUUCCUUAUUGAAAUUGAUGAAAUAUACUAUCAAAUACUAAAUUUAUCAAUUAUACUCAAGAAUUUAUCAAAAUUUAUCAUCAUACAAAAAAUUGCUAUAAAGAAGAUUUUCAAAAAAUUUAUAAAAUAUUAUAAAUAUAAAAGACAAGGGUAUAAAUUCAUCUACAACUUAAAACAAGAUCUUAUUGACAAUUCCCAAUCAUUUAUCAACUUUGACUUGUCCAAAUUAACCUUGAAAUUAACAAAUUUCAUUAAUGUUUUACAAUAUGAAAAGAAUAAACUUGAAAAUUUACCAGAAUUAAAUAGAAAGAAUUCAUUAUUUAGUAUAGCAUCUACAAAUAACUCAUCAGAAUAUCAAAAUUCAAUACUACCUCAAUUUACAACUAGCCAAAAUGAUUUUGAACAAAAUCCACAAUCUAUUGAAUCACAAUUUGACUUGACCAUUUACCUUAAAAAGAAUUUUCAAUUACAUGCAUUAAUUCCAAAUGAUUCAUAUAAUGACAUACUACUUAAUUUCAAUAUUUAUUUAAAUUUAAAAACAUUACCUGACUCAUUAAUAAGCUACACAUAUUUAACAAAUAAUUUAAUAAAUGAGCCUGCAAUUAUAAUAUCAAUAGAUAACUUUAACUACUCAACAAUUAUAGCACCGAUUGGAGAAUUAAGAAAAUAUUCUUACUGUAUUUUACCAAAUGAAAUUAUAAAAAUAUUUAUAAAUCACUUAAAUGAUAGAAAUAAUGAGGAAUACAAGUCAAAAUUAUUUGAAUUUUUCCAUAAUUCAAAUCAAUUAACAAAGAAAACUAUAGAUUUUAUAGUUAAAAACAAUUUGAAACCAAACUUGAAAUUGUUUUGCAAAAGAAAAAGAUUCAUUAUUGAACAAGAAGAUCAAGAAGAUUAUUUAGGAACAUUGGAUUCUGAAAUUUAUACCACAAAUGAUCAAUCUAUCGUCAAUUCAAUUAACUCUGUAUCAAAUUUUGAUCAAUUAGAUUAUUUCCCACAAGAUCAUUUAUGUAUAUAUUCAAAUGAUUUGAAUUUAUCAAACUUUGAAGAUUCAUUAAUUACUGAAAUAAAUAAAGAUGGUAUAAUUGAAAACUCCCACUCAAACUUUAAAAAAUUUCCAUCUAAAGUCCAAUCUAUCUUGUCAAAUUCAUCAGUUACAUUAUUCAAACGUUUAAAUUUUUAUCAAUAUCAAUUGUCUUGUUAUUACAAUAUUAUCCCAAAUGAAGAAUAUAUAAAUAAUCAUUAUACAAAUUUACUAAAUUUAAAUUUAUUAAAAAAGUUUGAGUUUAUUGACUUAAACAACCAUCAAUUAAAUCAAGAACAAAAUAUAAUUUUAGCAAAAUCAAAUAAUUUAAUUCAACAUAAAUUAUCAAUGCAAUCAAUACAAGAACAACAACAACCAAUUAAAGAGGAAAAUGAAUCUAUCAAAUCAUCAAUCUUUGAAUUUCCACCAAAUGAAGAAUUAAGUAUAUCGCCAAAUGAUUUAUUUAAUUUUGAUUUAGAAAAUGAGAAUAAAUUUAUAAACAAAUUAAUGACAUUCAAAGAAAAAUGGUUUACAACUUCUAAAACUCCUGAAAAUCCAUUACUUUAUUCAAAUUAUUCAACUUAUGAUUCAAUAAAUGAAGAACCAGAAUCUUAUUUGUCUAGAAAUAAUCAACAAAUUAAAUAUGAAAUAGAAUAUGAUCAAACAUUGUCAUAUAUUUAUUUUACUUUAAAUUUAGUUUCAUUGUUUCUUUCUGGUUUACAAUUGGGUAUAAUUUAUUCAAUUUUUAAUAAUUUAAAUGAAGAUUCACAAUUUUUAAUUAUUGAUAAUUUUGGUAUUGUUCUAAUUUUAUCAAUUUCAAUGAUUAUAAGUAUAUUAUUUUGUUUAAUUAGUUCAAAUUUAUUGCAUUAUAGAAAUCAUAAACCACCUCAAUUUCAUAAAUUUAUAAUUUAUAGUGGAUUUAUAAUCACUGUUAGUGAUUGUUUAUGGGGUUUAUUUUUAUUUAUUAGCAAAUUUUAA